CUCCUCUACCAGCGUUCAGGUGGUCAGAGUCCAGACAGCUGGGAGGUCAGAGAGCGGACAGCCAGCCCCAGGAGGACCCCUCUGCUCAGCCCUCUCCCGAGGUGACCUGCCGCCGCGGGGAGGAUGGCGGUCUCCACGGCUGCCCUCUUGCUCCUCACUCUCCUCCUCACCACUGCCGCUUCUCACAGCCAGCCCAGAAUUCCUGAGUCGGUGAACUCGCCGUCCACCUGCUGCCUGAAGUACCAUGAGAAAGUAUUGCCAAAGAAACUGGUGGUGGGAUACAGAAAGGCCCUCAACUGUUACUUGCCAGCAAUCAUCUUUGUUACCAAGAAGAACCGAGAGAUCUGCACGAACCCCAAAGACAAAUGGGUCCAAGAUUACAUCAAAGAUCCCAACCUACCUUUGCUGCCCCCCAGGAACCUGGCCCCAGUUAUUACUAUUAGAUCAGUCAAAGGCUAACCCCACCUCUUCAACUCCCCAUGACCAGUAGGCCUCAGUAGAAACCCAGGUUUGGGAAAGAAAAGCAUAACCCUGCAAAAACAUGGGCAGCUUUGCAGUAUGAAUGACAGCCACAUUCAGAGAAGUGGGCCAGUGGUCCAGGAUAUGAUUAAAAGUAUUUCAAAUAUGUUCUUACUCUCUGGAAGAAAUGCCAAAGUUAAGGGAGGUGGGCAGAGAUACAUUCUUAACACACAGAAAAACAUUAUUUCACAUUCUUCUCAUUGCACUGCUUCCAGUUCCACACCUCACACCAUACACCAGCCAUUCGAAAUAAUUAUGUCCACAGCCUCCAACAGCCAGACUAUUACUGGCCUCUCACUUAUUAAGAGCCAACAGAACUCUUGACUUUAUCCUUAUCCCUUCUCUAGACUUCUUUUUUUCCCUACAAUAUUCUUUUCCUUUAAAUGUAAACCUUUCUUAGCAGGGCAGGGUAGGAAUAGGCACAUGCUAACAAUUUUUCCCCUCGCUACCAAGUUUUGCUUGAUCCCUCAGUAUUUGGUCUUCCCCUGGACAGCCUGGCUACAGAGAAUGCUGAAACAAAACAGGAGCUGUUGACCUCUAGUCCCACCCUAAGCCACCAGUUUAUUUCACAUAGCAUAAUGUCUUCAGAGUUGAUUAAUGUUGUCUCAUGUGUCCGACUUUAUUCCCCCUUAAGGCUGAAUAAUAUCUCAUUGUAGAUAUCUCCCACAUUUUUGUUUGUUCACUUAUCCAUCAAUAGACAUUUGAAUAUUCCCUUUUUCUUAACAUUAACCAGAAUUAGCAGGUCUUGGUUUCUGUUACUUGCACCAAAAGCAUUUUGAUUUGCACAAUGACCCAUCAAUACCCAUGUCAGCCAGGCAGGGGUUCAAAGGCAGGUAAGGGCCUGAGGCUCUAACCCACGAGCUUCCUGCCCUUGGCCCUCUACAGCAGGCCAGUGCUACCUGCUUUAGAAUCUCUUGGACUAGGAGGUCCUGCUUCUUGACCCAGGAAUUUCUCUCCACCCUUCCUGUUAUCAAAGCUGAGGUGUUACAGCUCAGUAUGAUCCGUCUUCUCUCCCCAGGAGCUCACUGCCCAGGGACAGCACAAUCACCAACAAAUAUAACGUAGUUAGGCCCAAACCUUUGCUUGCAGAAGCCAGAGUGGACGUGGAGAGGUGGUAGGGCUUAGAUCGACCCAGGGGCCAGAACAAGUGUGUGUACACUCAAGGCAGCAGGAAGUUUCAAAGUCCUUAGCCAACACCAGGGUCAAUAUCAGGGAACCAGAGUUCAAAGGCCUACAGGACAGGAAGGGGCUGAAAACAGGAAGCACAGCCAGGCCCAGGAUCUUGGCAAGCUGGAAUGGAAAUGUUAUUAUUUUUCUUUCUUUGGUCCAUCAGAAGAAUUCAAUGUUGAGAUGUCAGUCUGAAGACCUAAUUGAAAGUCUGUAUACAAAGUCAAAUCCCCAUCCCAGCAAAUAAUAUAAAACUUGCCUGAAACUCCUAA